UAGAGAUCAGUGCAGCGUCGAUGUCGUGCGCGCCACUCUCCCUCGAAGAAGCGCCCACAUAUAUAGAAGCAAGAGAGAGAGAGAGAGAGAGAGAAAGAGAAAAACAGAUAAUAGUAGUGGUUAUACGAUGGUAUUCUCUAUGUGUUAGUAGUAACGGCGUAUUUGCGUGUAGUGCCGACGAGGGCGCAGUCGUCGGGUUUCGCGGCGCCACCGGUUCAUUCCGCCAUCGGCGCCCGCGACGUACGGACGUGCGUGUCGAGACAGAAAGAAAGAGACAGAGUGAGAGAGAGAGGGGGAGAGAGAGACAGAGAGAGAGAGAGAGAGAAAGAAGAAAGGAAGGAGAAAGAGAUAGAGACAGGGACGCGCUACGACUUUCAACAAGAGAGAAAGAAAGAAAAAGGAAGAGAGAGAGAGGGAGAGAGAAAGAAAGAAGACCAAUUAUUUCGUGUGCAAACGAUCAUCUUCGCGAUCUCUGUGCGUGUUCGUCUUCGGCUAUAUAUGUCCUACUGAGUUUGUAUUCGCGCGGACGACAAACGACGUUGAGAUAUUCGACAAACGAGACGCACGGUGCUCGUCUGGCGGAGUGAGAAAGGUCGGUUAUUAGCGAGUUUAUAGACGGACAAGAUAGAUAAGUAUAAGAUAGAGAUAACUAAAGAGAGAUAUUGAGAAAGGAAUCGUCGUGGAAAGACGCGCGCGCGGUAUUUUUUCGCGAAGAAGCGAGCGAACGAGCGAGUUAACGGUGUCGAGCAGCAGAGUUCUUCGUGCUCUGGUGGUAGUGUGGUUGAUUGGUGUUGGCCGGUAAUAGUUGUUAUUGUUGUUCUAGUAAUAGUAAGUAGUAGUAAUAGUAAUAAUAGUAAUAGUAUUAGUGGUGGAUGAUAGAAUAAUAACGCGCUCUUGAUUCCGAGUGUAAACAAGUGCUACGAGAGAAGGAGGAAGAGGAGAAUAGAAAAAAUAGAGGAAAAGUAAGAAAGGGUGAAGAGGAGGGGAAAACGGCAAUAGUUAUAUUUUCAAAGUAAAAGUGUCCCUCGAUAUACCGGAUAUAAGGAUAUAAUAACAAAUAAAAACGCAAAGAAGAGGAAGACGAAAGGACGGCGCGGGAGCUGGGGCGGGGGGGACCUGGAAAGGGUGGGAAGGAACGAAGGAAAAGGUACGACGAGUAAUAGUAAAGUACGAUUAGCAAACGGCAUCGGCUCUGGUGGCAGUUGCUGGUGCGACGGGUGUACCCCCUCGUUGCUCGCUCGCUCGCUCGCUCGUUCGCUUUGCCACCACCCCCCGUCGCCCCUGCCUUCCCCCUCCCCCCCCCCGCCCGCCCUCUCCUCUCCACGCUCUCCGCGACCGUUCGUAUCCUCCUCGGGACGACGCCACCGUCGAGACGCGUCGUACCGGCGCUCGACUCUCGCGCGAGGGGAGAGGACCGACGGUGAGAGAGAAAGAUAGAGAGAGAGAGAAAGAGAGAGAGAGAGAGAGCGAGUGAGUGAGUGUGAGUGAGUGAGAGACGAAGAUAGAGAAAGACGGAUAGCCUGCUUGCGAGACAGGAGCAAGGGAAGGAGGAGGAACAGCAGCGGCACUACGGCAGUGUGUAACGUUGUCGGUGAGAAAAGGAGAACGAGAGAAGAGGAUCAAAGAAGAGGAGAGAGAGAGAGUGAGAGAAAGAAAAGGAACGUCGAACGACGACGUACGUACGUACGUACGUACGUACGUGUGCUGUCUCUCUACCUGUGCUGAAUCCCUCUCUCACGAAAGUGCGACUUGGAAGGCCUUGCUCCGAUCUCUUAGGCAUCGCGAGCAGGCAACUCGAACGAAAGAACGAACGAGCGACGACGAGCAGUCAGGCAGGCCAAGCGAGCGAGCAAGAAGAAGCCGAGGAGGAGAAGAAGAAGAAGAAGGUGGUGGUGGAGGAAGAGGAGGAGGCGGCCAGGCCUCUCGUCGCGUCGUCCAACGACGCGGGAUAUUUCCUUUUGGUUAGGAUUGCGUCCAAGGUUCUAGGAUCGAACAAAACACCCUUCGAACUUCGAUCCCUCAUCGAUGUGAGGCAUGCGAGCUGAAAGUCCGUGGAUCUCCGUGAGAGCAAAGGUAUGUGUGAUGGUGCCCCGUGGAGCCGGCUUUUACUAUGAGUUGAGACCUCGUAAUUAAUUGGGACUGGCAUGGAGAAGGAGAACUCCGCAUCAGGCGGAGGUGGCGGAGGUGAAGCGGCGGCAACAGCAACGCCGGGCUCCACCUCCACCUCCGAGAAGCUCCAGGCGGACCAGGCCAAUCCGCUGCUCGAUCCCACUGCACUUUUUGGUGCGUACUGGCCACGAGGAGAUAGCGCAGCUUCAUCUCUUUUCGGCGGGAUGCCUGGAGGCUACGGAUUGGGGGCACAUCACUUACCGUCGGCUUAUGCCAUUCUUGGCCGUGGGGGUUCAGCGCCUGGUUUUGGGGGUCACACACCGGCAUCCGCACCACCACCACCCCCAUACUCGCACAGUAGUCUCGGUACUCUCAGUGUGGCUGCCAGUCAAGCUGCGAGUCUGGGUAUAACUCCUGCUAGUGCGGCAUGGUGGACAAUGGCCUCACAUUUAGCGGCACAGGACUACCUCGCGAGAUUGCAGGGUGCGACAGGACUCCCAGGUUUUCCACCUGGCGCGGAGAGUCUUUUACCGCCUUACCCUGCUUCUCUGUUGAAUCCCCCAUCCCUUUCGUCCCACAAGUCUACCAAGUCUAAGUCGAGCAAGAGUCACAAGACACCGGCGAGCAGCAGUAGCUCGACAACGCCGAGUAUGACGAGCAGUAGUUUGCCGGUGUCGAGUCAGGCCACGGUAACACCAACGCAUCACAAUACCUCGGCAAGCAGCACGCCAAAUUCGCAAACGAACGUUGUCAGCGAUCCUAGCAGUAUAUUGGGAGGUGUGCGUUUGCCUCCUGACACGGAGAUCAUAAAGUAUACCUCGAGUAUAGUCGGUCCAAAAGUUCCUGGUACGACGAAUCGUGGCAGGAAGAAGACGAUCUCUUUGGAUACACCGAGUGUCAGUGUUCAUCCACCGGCGAUACCUACGUUGAGUGCUCAUCAGACGAACACAACCUCGUCGUCCUUGAUGAUGGAGCCAAGAAAGUACAGUCGUACAGGGACCGAGUCGAACGAGUAUCGAGAGUCCGUAGAUCGCGUGGAGGUGAUCAAAUUACCGGCCCACUCAACCAAUGGCUCCGUAUUGCCAGCACCGUCGGCGUAUACCAGUGGUGGCAACAACGCAACCAACUCAAAUGACUCCGAUGCUCCAUUAAAUUUAUCCCUUAAACCUGCUACGACGAGUAGUAGCUCGCCGAUUUCCGGCAGUCAGCCGCUCAGUCAGCUCAGCAAUUUGAGCCAAUCGUUGCUUGCCUCUGAUCGGACGUCGAGACGAAAACCCGGACCAAAGCCGAGAAGAGUGCCGCAAAACUCGGUACCGGUCCCUGCCUCGCCUAGUCCCUCAUUGGCACAAUUAUUUGCCGCUGCGGAUUCGCCGCAGAGGCCGAGCAGCGGUAGCGAGGAAAGCGAGAGUGCCAGUACGACCCAUCACAAAGAUGGUCGUCCUCGUAAUCUUGGUCGAGGCGUCUCAAAGCCGAAGAAGAACACUGUCGCGUCUUUGCUCGCACAGAGCAGAGCAUUGGGCAUAAAGCCCACGCCAACGUUGGAUCCUAGCGUGCCAUUGUCACACCAGGUCUCGUUGUUGAGGUCGAACAUUCUUGCUGCACAAUUGCAUGCCUCGGCAACGGGCCAGGUUGACGACAAGAAUCAGCGAUCUUUACAGGAGAAGAUGAAGAACAAAUUGCUGGAGGCGUCGGGCGAGGAAAGCAAUAUGGACGUUACCAGUGAAAGCGGUAGCAACACCGACGUCGUCACCGACACAGACGACGAUAAUGCCGAGGGUACGCCCAGUGCAAAGAGAAGAAAGCUAAAGCCAAGCGAAAGGGAUCUGCAGAUGCCCUUGGAACGUGGUUGGAAACGAGAGACUGUUAUCAAGGGACUAGGAAAGACUGGAGUUAUUAAGGGCGAUGUGUCCUAUUACAGUCCCUGUGGUAAAACGUUUAGAUGCAGUCCCGAUCUAGUGAAGUUUUUGGAACAACAGAAUCCCGCCGAGCUUACGACAGCGAACUUUUCGUUCUCGUCCCGUCCAUUGGUCGGUGAGUUUCUCCAACCGACGAUGGGUUUGGCCGAGGCAGAGUUCGUAAGGCUCGGUGCUCAAGAGGUAGCGAGACGUCUCGAAGAGCUCAGAGCUGCCGGUGGUUUCAGGGACAUACGAACUAACAAUCAAUACGAGAGAGACAAGCUGGCAUAUGCGAAGAAACUCGCUAAGGAGGAGGCACAACGGCACAAAGAGCAGGCCAGGCUCAUCAAGGAACAAGAGAAGACGGAACGGCAAGAGGCGGUGAGGCGAGAACGAGAGAUUAGAAAUCAACAGCUACUCGAGGGUCGAAAGAGGCUCGCGUUCACGAUCAAGCAGAAAAUGAAGAUCAUCCAAGAGAUCGAGCGUGGGAAGAGCAAGAGCGACGUUGCGAGAGAACUAGGUCUGGCUAGUAGCACCGUCGCGACGAUCUGGAAAAAUCGUGAGAGCAUCGCCGAGAGCUGGAGAAAUCGUGACAUGAUGCAACAGCAGCAACAACAACAGCAACAACAACAGCAACAACAACAACAACAACAGCAUCAACAGCAUCAUCAUCAGCUCCAUCAUCAACAACAAGUAAUAGAUCAGGAAGAAGCUAUACUAUUGAAGAAGCAAACGCUAUCUUCCGUAUCUCCGGUCGCUUUGAGCCUUUGCUCGGGUACGUCCCCGUUGACGAACUCGAGUAUAUCGAAUUUGAACGUCCUACCGGUAACGACGACGACGACGAUGAACGUCGUACCGACGACGUGCAUCGUCGGUUCGACUAAUAAUUCGAGCGCUAUCUCUCCAACUACGCCUCUCAUGUUGACGUCUACGAGCAAUUCGACGAAUAUCUCAACUAAUACAGCGACGAUGAUGAGCAACAACAACAACAACAGCAAUAACAACAACAACAAUAACAAUAAUAACAACAGCAAUAACAAUAACAACAAUAAUAACAACAAUAGCAGUAGCAGCAGUAGCAGCAGUAACAUCAAUCAUGCUACGAUCAUGUUAGGCGGGGCACCACCGACCGCCACCGUCGUCGCGACGGCUCCUCAAGUAAAUUCCCUCCUACCCUCGGCUACGGCACUCCAGCUGACCGCCAACAACCCUGUGAAUGCUGCCAACGCAGUCAUCAACGCCGCCUCAAACGCAGCCGCAGCAGCAGCAGCCAUCGCAACACUCACGGCUCUCCCAUCGACCUCCUCCUCUUCUUCUUCAUCUUCUUCUUCUUCUACCUCCUCCUCCUCGUCUAUUUGUUCCAUCUCGUCCACCUCGCAACAACAACAACAACAACAACACCAACAACUACUACUACAUCAACAACAACAACAACAACAACAACAACAACAACAACAACAACAGGCCGUCCAACCGACGACGCCACCCUCCUCGACGUCCACCGGUACCGCGACGAUCGCCGUUCAACCGGACAAUACCCAGCAGGCCCAGACCCAGACGCAAAGUGGUCAGGAACUUCUGGAGGCGCGGAAAAAACGGCAGGAAGAGGUGGAGAAGAUCCGACUGGAAGAGCAACAACGAAAGCAACAGGAACGUGAAUUGAAGAGGCAACAGGCGGUGAUGUUCAAGGAGCAGAUGUACAUGCAGGAGCUCACCAAGCAGCGCGAGAUGCUCUACACCGUCGAGCUGGAACGAGAAAGAAGGAGACAACACAUGGCUUUGGUCAGAGCACUUGAGAAUCGUCGUAAGAUGGAAGAGAGAGAGAAAAAACGAUUGGAGGCAAGAGCCGAGAGAAUAGCCACGAAAGAGAAACGUGCAGAGCAAAGGAAGGUUGAGAUGGAAUUGAUAGAACAGAUUAGAAAACCCGUCGAAGACAUGGAACUGACAGAUCACCGAGCUCUGCCAGAAAUCAAGAGAAUACCUGGACUGAAGUUAUCGGGACAGGCCUUCGCCGAUAUAGUCAUGGUCUUUGAGUUUCUUCAUAAUUUUGGUGAAACUUUGGGUUUUGACAUGGAAUCCCUACCGAGUCUAAAGAGUCUGCAAUUGGCUCUGUUGAACGACGAAGAGGCCGAGGAGGAAAUGCUUUCUGUGAUGACACAUCUUUUGGUGUGCGCUAUCGAAGACCCAGGCAUUCCACAACCAGCAAGACAUACUACUGGCCUUGGACAAAGUUUAAGACAGGCUGACAUCACUCAUGCUAAUAUCAGCGAGGUUCUAAGAAUUUAUCUUUACGCGAACGCGACCGGUGAGGUAAAGGCUCUCACGGGAGUAUGCCUGGAACGUGAACGUGACAAGAGAUUUGCCGAUCAUCAUCAGAACGGUGGCGAUUAUGCCUCGACAUGUUCGGGCAAGAACGCUCAGUUCUAUGAGCAUUUGCACAAUAAUGAAACAUGGAAAAUGUCAGAGAGGUUAAGAGACAAGCCAUUCCUUGCACUUAAUCCAACGCACAAGGCACAAAUGUUAGCGUUCCUUUGUAACGAGCUAUUGCAAAAUAAGGCUGUGAUUAGGCAAAUCGAAGGUAGCCUGGAAACAGUGGCUCAGUUGAGAAAGGAAAGAUUCGUUUUGGAUACAAAGAUCAGAAAGCUUAGACAAUUACAUAGUCGUAAAGUGAGAAUGGAAGCGGUUGGUGUAAUAGUGAAUAAAACCGGUGACACGAUCACCAUCGAGAAAAAAGAAGUUGACGAGGAAGGUAAUACAACGUCUACGGCGGUAGGUACAACGCCUACUCCUGAUGAGAUUCAUCACGAGGACGAGGUCGAGGAUAUGUCGGAAAACGAGAGCGAAGGAACUCAACCUGAGGAGGAGGAGGAUAAAAAUCUGUCGGGCGAGGAACUCGGCAAAAAGUUGGAUAAACUUUUAAAGCAGUCGGAGGAACAGCUGCAGAAAUUGAAUAGCUCGUCUAAGCAAUUACGCGCUCACAUAUUUGGACAGGACAGGUAUUGGAGGAGAUACUGGGAAUUGGCGUGCGCCGGUGGUAUAUUCGUCGAAGCUAUGGAAAGCGCGGAACCCGAGGUCUUGGAAUUGCAAGCAGAAUUAGACGAAAAGUACAAAGAUAUGCCGGUUGAGGAUAAGACCGAGACGAAACAGGAGGAUGGGAAACCUAACACGGAGAAUAGAGAGAACGAAGCACCGAACGAACCUAUGAAAGAUGAGAAGAAAUUGAAUGUGAACCAGGAUGAGGAGGAUACGAAAUCUCAACCUAAGGAUAAAAAAACCGACUAUGAGGAAAUUAAUUGUAAGAAGGAACCCGUGCAGAAUUGUGGCUUGGAUAACACGGAUAACGUGAAGGAAGAGAGGAGACACGAUGGUGACAGCAUGAUGACCGAUGCGAAGACCAACGUGACUUCCGAAGAGAUAAAACAAGAAACGGAGAUUGUCAAAAUGGAGGUCGACGUGAAGAUGGAAGAGCCGAAAAAGGAAAACGAAGAAAUGGACG